GGUCAUGUCGCAAAGUUCACGAACCAUGUACGCCUACGUUGGUAGCUUUGUGAUGCCGACCCCAGGCGCACAUGAUGGGCUGCAUGUAUUCCGAGUAGACUCCGAAACCGGAGCCCUAAUGCCCGUCUCUUCCCACACCCCCGGCCUCAACGUGGGUAGCUUCGCUCUCGACCCCCAGCGCGGCGUCCUCUACGUGACGGACGAGGUGGCCUCUACCUUAGAAUUCCGCGAGCAACACCAGGUCGCCGGCGGCGGAGGUGGGCGGAUCUUCGCCUUCACCAUUGACCCUACGGCACAGCCCGCGGGAAUUGCUCUACAUCCCAGCGGUGGUUUUCUGGUGGUCUCGCAUUUCACUAACCGCACCACCACAACCACUCAGAUUACCGGGACUGCGCAGUCGGGCUUCACAAUCAGCCCUCGCUAUGACGACGCAACCACCGUCCUCUUCCCUCUCGACUCCACUGGCCGCAUCGGCGCCCCCUGCGACAUCCACAUCCACCCACCCGCCUCGCCACCUUCGUGUCUGCACUCCAUCAGUCUCUUUCCAACCAGCACCAGCCAACACCAAACCUUCUAUCUAGAAUGUGACAUGCUCCAAGACCAGCUCUUGACCUUCACACUCGCCGCCAAGCCUCCCCUUCUCCGCAUGCACGCAUCUCAUGCCACCCCAAAAGGAAGCGGACCACGCUACUCCGCCUUCCACCCCACCCUCCCAGUCUUUUACGUCAAUUACGAGUACCACCCCAUCAUCGAGACCUUUACCUACCAGCCUGAUGGGUCCUUCACCUCCUUGUCUAAGGUGGAUGUCCUCCCACCGGCAGGGGAGCUGGACGCAAACUAUCCGCCACCGGAAGGGAAGGUUCUACUGUCUGAUCUAAAGGUGCAUCCAGGCGGAGAGUUUGUCUAUACCCUGGUGCGGGGAUACAAUGUGCUCAGUGUUUUUCGGGUCGAUCCAACCACGGGAGGGUUGGAACGUUUGCAGACGGUCGGGUUGAUGGGUGCGGUUUCGCCCAAGGGGUGUGCGGUUAGUCCCGAUGGACGGUUCCUGUACGUGGCUCUUUCGGUGAGCGGGCUGGUGCAGAUGUUCAUCUUGGGAUUUUGA